AUGUCGUUUCUGAUCGCUUUUGAGCCUCAGAUAGUCCCGAAAAGAAAAAUGCUGAACGGAAUCGGCAAUGUGUACUAUCCGUUCGUUGGUAUGCCGCCACCGCUGCUGCCACCACCACCAGCUGCGCCCAUUUGGGGGCCGCUUCUUGGAAUUCCUUUCGGACAACGGAUUUUCUUGCGGACUCCAUGGAUUUUCCGGUUUUUCCCGUAUAAAUUGGUUUAA